CCACAGUUUCGAUUCUAUAGAGCUCUGUGUACGGAGAUCCAUCCUGAAGUGUUCGGAUGGUUUCAGACUGGAAGUGGGUGCCCUAAUGGCGACGUUUGAACAUGUACAUGGAUACUUCUGUCCAGUGGAACCAAAGUGUGAGGCAGAACAAGCUGUGCAUUGUCUGCAGACCUUCUCUCUUCUUCUCUUUAAUCGCGUGGAGACAUCGGAAAUGUGCUCAAAUUUGAAUGCCAGUUUGGAAUGUGUGAGCAAACACACGACGCACUGUGAUGACCAGGAACUUCUGGAGGCAGGUAUUUCUGAGUCUGUGCGCUUCUUCAAGAGCCUAAUGGGGUCAUGUAGCUGUGAUGUUGACAGGGUCGCGGUUUGCGAUAUGAAGUCCGUGCGGGAAUGUGCGAGCAAAGAGCGCCUUGUGACAUCGGGAGAUCAGUUUUGCACGUCUGUGAAUAAUGCAGUGGAAUGUGCACUGGAGACUACGUCACAUUGUCUGUCUAUCCAAGGGGCAAUAACUCUGCACAGCAAUGUCGGCACUUACAUCUCAUCAGCACGCGCUGUCUGCCCAGGCACGCUGCAGGGUCUCGUCCCACUUCUCCCACCAGAUAUGUAUGUUCCGCUGGCAAAUUGUGCAGUGGAGUUUUUAGAUGUUGGGUUUAGCGGUGCCAUCAAUAGCACAUCUGACUUCACCACCACCCAGUGCAGCGCACUUCGAGAGCUUGUGAAGUGCCUGGAGGAGAAAUCUCAGGCAUUACCACAGAUAAUCCUGACAUACCUGGGGCAUGAUCUGCGAGCUGCGAAGCGCCACAUGGAGUCAGAGUGUGCGCCAAAAGAUGCAGGACCUCCACCACUGACAUGUUACAGAUGUCACAGAUUGUCAUCCAAUGAGGAGUGCAAUGAAGUUACAGAGGUUUGCCCUCAUAAUAAACAGGCCUGUGAGACUGUAAUAGAUGACAAAGGAAGUGGUAACAUUCUCAUCUCUAAAGGCUGUAAAAACCCAAAUGCUUGUAAGUCAAGGACGAACGGCAGUGGGAAGAAAACUUGGCACUGUUGCCGUGACAAUCUGUGUAAUCAACCUGACGGACUACCCCUGACAACACCUGUGCAGGUGGUUGUAAUGCCAGAGCCGUCAUCAUGUGACUUGAGUCUGGUGUCCCAGUGUCUACAGACCUCCUCGCUUCAGCUCUGGUUCUCAUCAAUCCUCCCCUACUGUGAUAUCGGAGGCUGUCUUGAGCUUCAGCGCAGUGAGCACUGCAUACGGACAAAAGUAUUUGACUGUUCUGUGAGUACACAGAGGUUCUACCUGGACCAGAUAAAAAACCUACAGGCUAAGGCCAUAGAACAAUGUGUGGAUGCCCCUAAGCUUCCAGAAGAGCCGUCUUGUUCUGUCAAUGCGGCCCAGGAGUGUGUUAGAUCCUUCACAGCAAGUCUGGGAGUUUCUGUCCUUAUGGAUGAACUUUGCAUAAAUGUCAACUUGACCCUUGACUGCAUACAAACCCGUACAGCGUUGUGCUUGGAUACUCAGAAAGAGGCAGUGUCCCUAGUGUAUGAGGCUCUGCGUGUGGCGCUGAGCUUGGUGGGCGGGGUUUGUGUGUAUGACCCCUUACCCCCAGAGGUCGGCCCUGUCUGUCAACUGAGUGACGGGAGGGAAUGUGUUCAGGACUUCAUUGAUUGGAUCCUGAAACCAGAGGUCAGGACAGAUGAGGAGAUCUGCAGCAUGACUAAUGAGACGUACAGGUGUAUCUCCGAGCAUACUGCAGGCUGCAACUCUGUCCAGGUGGCUCCACUGGUGAAUGAAGUUAAGCUGUACUUGACAGAGGUGGAGGUGGAGUGUUUGGACGUAGAUCCUCCAAAACCCGGGGACAAAGACGAACUGAUUGAGCUUCAUCUCUGCACGGAGUCGCUCGGUGACGAGCUGACGAUCGCGCUGGCAAACCCUAUGGGCCGUGGUAGAAUCUGUGAUCUCAUCGUGGAGUUCCGUGAAUGCCUGGAUAGCAUCCCCUCUGGUCAGAUGUUGGAGAUCGUCACAGACCAGGUGGACAGACUGACCCCUGUGGUACAGAGUAUCUGGGAUGAGCUUUGUGAGAACAUACCUGAUCCAGACAAUACAACAGUUAUCCCCCCUGAACAAGAGCCUGAAACUUGUCGUCUGAAGAAAGCAACUCAGUGUAUCACGACACAAAUCUCUGAGCUGGUGGCCUACGGCGUGAAUCCAAUCAGUGAUAGACUGGUCAUUUGUGGAAAGUACGAGAGAACCAAGGAAUGCGUGGAGACAUCCAGCUAUAACUGUUCUAGCCAGAGGAGAGACUCAUUCAGGGAUGCUGUCAGAUGGGUGGAGGUGAUGACAGAGACCCGCUGUGAGAAAGCCUGUGUCUUUAGCGAUAUUUUUGAUUGCUCCUCUGAUUUCUCCACACUCCUCGCCACGGCAACCUUGGAAGGAACACUCUUGUCUGAACAGAUAUGUCCAGCUUUAGAUUCUGCCUGGGAAUGCGUGGAGAGGUACGUUUCCUCAUGUGAUGCCGAGCAGAGCCCUCUGGUGGAGGAUGUGCGUCAGCGAAUCCACUCGGCCGUGGAGACUAUUGGUGACCUGUGUGUUGAAGAGCAAAACUGUGAUGUAGAUGGGUCUGAGAAGUGUCUCUUACCACUGGUGGAGGGGCUGUUGGAGAUGGGAGAAGAGGAGAAGCUGUGUCGCGAUGUGGCCUCCGCUUUUACCUGUGUGGACUCCAUGACAACGGAUUGUGGAGAAGAUGAGAUGAAGCCUGUGAAAAAGUCUGUGGAGUUUGUGUGGAGUAUUGUGGGAGGGACCUGCCAGGACGUGAGUCCGCCCAUUCCCCGCCCAGGUGUUUGCCGCAUCUCCGUCACAGAGCAGUGUGAAGAGUCCUACACAGAGACUGUAGCCCUGGGGCUAAGUGGAACAUUGAAUGAUGAUUAUUGUGUAUCCUUGAACCAAACUCUGCGUUGCACAUCAGAAAACCUGCUGGCCUGCUCUGUCCUACAAACCACCAUCGCUUACUUCUAUCGACUGGACGGGCUUUUCUCCAUUUCUGGUCAGACGUGUGGCCUUUACCCCGAGGAUGUGGGACUUACAGUAGGCCUUAACCCUCUCUCCUCCUGUCUGGUCGACUUUAUGAAGUUUAUAGGGGAGGGGCUCCAGAGAGACCCGUCUCAGUAUCAAACCUUCAUGUGUGAUGCCAUUCAUACCCUGGUAGACUGUGGCAAGGAAAAACUGGAAGAGUUGCCCCCCUUUGUGAAAGCCUUCUUGCAUGAGGCUCUAGGCUCUUUGAUGAACCUGGCCAAUGUACAGUGUAGAACUAGAGAUCCUCCUCUGGCCUGUUAUAGCUGUCACAGAGAAGAUGACAAUGACUUGUGUAACACAGAGCCACAAAUCUGCUCUCAUAACAAACAGGCUUGUGAGACUGUAAUAGAUGACAAAGGAAGCGGUAACAUUCUCAUCUCUAAAGGCUGUAAAAACCCAAAUGCUUGUAAGUCAAGGACGAACGGCAGUGGGAAGAAAACCUGGUACUGUUGUCAUGAUAACUUGUGCAAUGAGCCAGGCGGAGAACCUUUAGACUUCGCUCAAAAUGUGACGAUUACAGAACCAUCCAGUUGUGAUAUAGACAGCGCUGUGAAGUGUUUGGGUAAUGUUGCCCUAGAGGUUCUACUGAAUCCUGUCAUGCCUUACAAUGAGAGGCACACAGUCUGUGGGAAACUAUGGAUGAAGGAACAGUGCGUUGUGGUUGCAACUGCUACAUGCUCUGCGAUUGGACGAGACUUCUUCUCGAUGAUUCUGGACACGUUCAGACAGGAAACACGAGAAGUAUGCGCACACUUUGACCCCACUGACCUUGAACCCGAGGAGACUUGUGCUGUAGAAGCGGCUCACGAAUGUGUCAACAGACUAAGCAUGGAUUUGAGUGCAGUAGAUUUGGAAGUGGAUGAGAAAAUCUGUGUAAAUGUGAACUGGACCCUGAAGUGCGUGCGUUCCCGCACAGCAUUGUGCAUGGACGCUCAGAAAGAGGCUGUGUCCCUGGUUUAUGAGUCUUUGCGUGUUGUGCUGAGCUUGGUGGGCGAGGCUUGUGUGUAUGACCCCUUACCCCCAGAGGUCGGCCCUGUCUGUCAACUGAGUGACGGGAGGGAAUGUGUUCAGGACUUCAUUGAUUGGAUCCUGAAACCAGAGGUCGGGACAGAUGAGAAGAUCUGCAGCAUGGCUAAUGAGACGUACAGGUGUAUCUCCGAGCAUACUGCAGGCUGCAACUCUGUCCAGGUGGCGCCACUGGUAAGAGAUGUUCAACUGUACUUGACAGAGGUGGAGGUGGAGUGUUUGGACUUAGACCCUCCAAAGCCCGGGGAAAAAGAUGAACUGAUUGAGCUUCAUCUCUGCACGGAGUCUCUCAUUGACGAGCUGACGAUCGCGCUGGCAAACCCGUUGGGCCGUGGUAGAAUCUGUGAUCUCAUCGUGGAGUUCCGUGAGUGCCUGGAUAGCAUCCCCUCUGGCCAGAUGUUGGAGAUCGUCACAGACCAGGUGGACAGACUGACCCCUGUGGUGCAGAGUAUCUGGGAUGAGCUUUGUGAGAACAUUCCUGAUUCAGACAACACAACAGUUAUCCCCCCUGAACAAGAGCCUAAAACAUGUCGUCUGAAGAAGGCAACUCAGUGUAUCACGACGCAAAUCGCUGAGCUGGUGGCCUAUGGCGUGACUCCAAUCAGUGACAGAUUGGUCAUUUGUGGAAAGUAUGAGAGCACCAAGGAAUGCGUGGAGACAUCCAGCUAUAACUGUUCUAGCCAGAGGAGAGACUCAUUCAGGGAUGCUGUCAGAUGGGUGGAGGUGAUGACAGAGACCCGCUGUGAGAAAGCCUGUGUCUUUAGCGAUAUUUUUGAUUGCUCCUCUGAUUUCUCCACACUACUCUCCAAAGCAGCCCUGAAAGGCACACUCUUGUCUGAAGAGAUAUGUCCAGCUUUAGAUUCUGCCUGGGAAUGUGUGGAGAGGUACGUUUCCUCAUGUGAUGCCGAGCAGAGCCCUCUGGUGGAGGAUGUGCGUCAGCGAAUCCACUCGGCCGUGGAGACUAUUGGUGACCUGUGUGUUGAAGAGCAAAACUGUGAUGUAGAUGGCGCUGAGAAGUGUCUGUUACCACUGGUGGAGGGGCUGUUGGAGAUGGGAGAAGAGGAGAAGCUGUGCCGCGAUGUGGCCUCCGCUUUUACCUGUGUGGACUCCAUGACAACGGAUUGUGGAGAAGAUGAGAUGAAGCCUGUGAAAAAGUCUGUGGAGUUUGUGUGGAGUAUUGUGGGAGGGACCUGCCAGGACGUGAGUCCGCCCAUUCCCCGCCCAGGUGUUUGCCGCAUCUCCGUCACAGAGCAGUGUGAAGAGUCCUACACAGAGACUGUAGCCCUGGGGCUAAGUGGAACAUUGAAUGAUGAUUAUUGUGUAUCCUUGAACCAAACUCUGCGUUGCACAUCAGAAAACCUGCUGGCCUGCUCUGUCCUACAAACCACCAUCGCUUACUUCUAUCGACUGGACGGGCUUUUCUCCAUUUCUGGUCAGACGUGUGGCCUUUACCCCGAGGAUGUGGGACUUACAGUAGGCCUUAACCCUCUCUCCUCCUGUCUCGUCGACUUCAUGGCGUUUAUAGGGGAGUGGCUUCAGAGAGACCCGUCUCAGUAUCAAACCUUCAUGUGUGAUGCCAUUCAUACCUUGGUAGACUGUGGCAAGGAAAAACUGGAAGAGUUGCCCCCCUUUGUGAAAGCCUUCUUGCAUGAGGCUCUAGGCUCUUUGAUGAACCUGGCUGACACACAGUGUAGAGCUCAAGACCCUCCUCUGGCCUGUUAUAGCUGUCACAGAGAAGAUGACAAUGACUUGUGUAACACAGAGCCACAAAUCUGCCCUCAUAACAAACAGGCCUGUGAGACUGUAAUAGAUGACAGAGGGAAUGGGAACAUUCUCAUCUCUAAAGGCUGUAAAAACCCAAAUGCUUGUAAGUCAAGGACGAACGGCAGUGGGAAGAAAACCUGGUACUGUUGUCAUGAUAACUUGUGCAAUGAGCCAGGCGGAGAACCUUUAGACUUCGCUCAAAAUGUGACGAUUACAGAACCGUCCAGUUGUGAUAUAGACAGCGCUGUGAAGUGUUUGGGUAAUGUUGCCCUAGAGGUUCUACUGAAUCCUGUUGUCCCUUACAAUGAGAGGCACACAGUCUGUGGGAAACUUUGGAUGAAAGAACAAUGUGUUGUCGUGGCAACUGCUACAUGCACUGUGAUUGGACAAAACUUCUUCUCAAUGAUUCUGGACACGUUCAGACAGGAAACACGAGAAGUAUGCGCAGACUUUGACCCCACUGACCUUGAACCCGAGGAGACUUGUGCUAUAGAAGCUGCUCAUGACUGUGUUAGCCGACUGAGCGUUGAUUUGAGUGCAGUAGAUUUGGAAGUGGAUGAGAAAAUCUGUGUAAAUGUGAACUGGACCCUGAAGUGUGUGCGUUCCCGUACAGCUUUGUGCAUGGACGCUCAGAAAGAGGCUGUGUCCCUGGUUUAUGAGUCGCUACGUGUGGCGCUCAGUGUGGUGGGCGGGACUUGUGUGUAUGACCCCUUACCCCCAGAGGUCGGCCCUGUCUGUCAACUGAGUGACGGGAAGGAAUGUGUUCAGGACUUCAUUGAUUGGAUCCUCAAACCGGACGCGAGGACAGAUGAAGAGAUCUGCAGGAGAACCAAUGAGACAUACCAGUGUAUUUCUGACCACACUGGCGCUUGCAACGUCCUCCAGGUGGCACCACUCAUCGAGGAGGUCAAACUUUACCUGACAGAAGUGGAGGUGGAGUGUCCUGAUGUACAACCACCCCAGCCAGAAAAACCAGACGAGUUGACGGAGCUAUACACCUGUACAACAAAGCUGGCAGAUGAGCUUUCCGCUGCACUGGAGAACCCCAUGGAGGGGCGUGGUGGGUUGUGCGGUCUGAUUGCAGAAUUCCGUGAGUGUCUAGACAGUAUCCCCGCAGGUCAAAGGCUAGAGGUUAUAACCGACGAGGUGAACAAACUCAUCCCGGCUGUUCAGUGGAUUUGGGACAAAUUUUGUCAACAAGUGAAUGAAACAGAAAGCCAGAAUGUUAUUCCUAUCAAGCAAGGUAAGAAAAAUCAGGGGAAGAAAAAAAAAUCACUGUAUAUCUGGGAAUGA